UCAUCAGUUGGAAGAAAAAAAUUUGAAAUUUGGAAUCUAAAUUUUGGAUUGUUGAUUUUUUGGUAUUUUAAUUAGAUUCUGACAGCAACAAUUAAUUGAUCAAGUUUGGUGUUUAUCUAAUCUGUCUCUUGAUGAAUCACUUGUUUGAUUGAUAAAAUUAUCUAUUCUUUGUUCUGUGUUAAACUUGUUGUCACUUUUGUGAAGUGAAAGAAAAAAAAAAUUGUGACAAAAAGUGAAAUUUGAUUCUCUUUUUCCCAUUUUCAGGAUUGUAUUUGUGUUUUUUGUUCCAAUAGUUUACACUUAAUGAUUACACUAUGACAGAAGAAACCGAAUCACCCGAUCCUGAUCUUCGUGAACCAUUUGAAUAUGAUGCUGAUUUCCGUGGUCCAAUUAAAUCGCGUUCAUGUACAGAUCUUUACUGUUUCUAUCUAUUCGUCAUCUUCAUAGGCGCUUGGAUUGUCCUUGCUGCAGUUGCCGUACGUUUUGGAGACCCUGAACGAGUCAUAUAUCCAAGUGACAGCUACGGACGAAUAUGUGGAAGAGAUGAAUUAAUAGACAAACCUUAUCUGUAUUUCUUUGACAUUUUGCAAUGUGCAAAAAUCAAUGCAUUUCGUAAAGGUUGUAACACUACUCAGGUUUGUGUAACGAAAUGUCCAGAUUUUUCAGAAAGUUUCGUCGAUUAUCGAGAUCCACUAAUUUGGAAUGCACAAUCACAAGAGAGAAAAGAAGAAGUUCGUCGAAAAUUGAUUUGCGAUUAUGAUGUUAAGGAUGAACAGUUGAUCCUUGAGAAUAUACCUGAUCUGUUACGUGCAAAGAAAUGCGGUCGAGUUUAUUUCAAAAGUGAACCAUUCUUAAAAUUGCCUUCCAAGAAGAGUAAACAAGUGGUUGGAAGAUGCGUCCCAUCAGCAUUAACUUUCUCAAACAGAUCUAAAGCUAUUAUAGACGAUCUGGGAAGAGACAUGAAAGGCGAUGAUGGAGGUACAAUCAACGCAACAAUGGCUGCAAGUGCUGGAAAAGGCUUUUCAGAACUGCUGAACUUAGCUGAUAUCCGAGACAAUGCAAUUGAAGAUUUAGGAAGAGUAUGGAAACAUAUUCUUGUAGCUCUUUGUGUUGCAAUGAUAAUCUCAUUUAUAUGGAUUUUAUUACUUCAAGCUUUGGCUGCUCCCAUGAUUUGGUUUUCAAUGUUUUCUGUUCUCGUUUUAUCAACUCUUGCGGUUGUUGGUUGUUUACGGCGAUACUUUUGGCUUAAAUCGUUGUCUCCAGACGAGUUGGAUGAUCAAGAUGUUUACACUGCCGAUUUAAAGAUUGAUUUCUCUGAUAUAAUUAGAGUUAAUUUACACUCAUUCCUUAUGAACAAGAAAACAUGGCUCAUUUUAUCAAUUAUCUGUGGAAUUGUUUCAUUCCUGAUUGCUGUAACAUUCGUAUUCCUCCGUAAGCGAGUUAACAUUGCCAUAUCACUAAUCAAAGAAGCCAGCAAGGCCCUGGAUAAUGCCAAAUCAACUCUUUUCCUUCCUCUUGUGCCGUACAUUUUACAGACUCUAGUCAUUAUUGUUGGAAUCUUUGUUGCAAUAAUGAUUGCCGCUGUUCAAAAGCCAACGUACCGGAUAUCUGGUUCAAAUCAAACAUCCGAUAAAGGACUGAGAUGUGAUCCAUUUACUUACAAUCUUACCGAUGGAUCACAAUGUAUAAAAUACAUUCCAUUUUCCAAUAUGAUUCUCAAUUCAUCUCAAAUUUACAAUAUCUUUAUGACUUUCUGGCUUCUGUUUUUCAUCAAUGGAAUGGUUAAACUAAUUCUUGCUGGUGCUUUUGCAUCUUAUUAUUGGACCUUCAAUAAGGAAAAUGAGACUCCCCCAUUUCCAGUAGCUAUUAGCACUUAUCGAGCAUUCCGAUAUCAUGUUGGUUCAAUUGCCUUUGGAUCAUUAAUCUUGGCGAUGUUUAGAAUGAUAAGAUUGGCUAUCGAAUAUGUUUACGAAAAGUGUAAAAAAUAUACAAACAGUUCUUUCGCUAAAGCUAUUAUGUGGACUUGUCGUUGCUGUUUCUGGGUUUUAGAAAAGUUCAUGAGAUUUUUGAAUACCAAUGCUUAUAUUAUGAUCGCUGUUCAUGGUCAAUCGUUUCUACCUUCCGCUAAAGAAGCUUUCUUUUUGUUACUUAGAAAUGUCCUCAGAGUUGCUGUUCUAGAUAAAGUGGCUGAUUAUUUACUCUUGAUGGGAAAAUUGGUCGUCACUGCGUUCAUGGGAUUACUUACAUUCGUUUAUUUCACUAAAGGUCAUGAAUUGAUCUCUUAUAUGACACCUCCAGAUAUUAAUUAUACUUGGGUUCCUAUUCUGGCUGUUUGUAUUGGAACUUAUCUAAUAGCUGAUUGUUUCUUUGGUGUCUACGACAUGGCCGUUGAUACAAUAUUCUUGUGUUUCCUUGAAGAUUGUGAACGUAAUGAUGGAUCACCAUCCAAACCUUAUUUUAUGUCAGAAGAGCUCAUGGAAAUUCUUGAUUAUCGGAACAGAGCAACUUCACCUUUCUAAACCUUUUUCAACUUGACUGUUUAAACCACCGAAAUUAUUCAUUGAAAUCACCAUUCGCACAAUUUUCAUCAGCCACACACAGAAGCAUAAAACGAUCCUCAUGAUUUAUAAUAAAAAUAAGUACUCACAAUACUUAAUCGUACAAGUAAUGUUAGAUCAUUCAAUGUUUAUCUUCAAUUACUACAUCAUUGUAAAAUCUCACCUUUCGAAAACUCUGAUGAAUUUGAAUAUCUAACCUGGAAACUGAAUGUUCCUUUGAUUGUAAGUUGAUAUUUUCACUAAUACAUUUAAUAUUAAAGAACUUAGGUAAACUAA